AUGUAUAAUUUUGAUUUACAACAAAAUAAUGAAUAAGCACCUCAAUCAAGAAGAUUAUUAUAAACAAAUAAGAAAGUUAAGAGUAUAUCAAUUCAAAGAAAUUUAAAUUAAAUCAGUUCAGAUUUUAGAUGUAUAACUGAUGAAUCUCAAUCUUAUUUACAAUAAAUACCUAUUUUAGGUGGAAGUGUGACUGAAAGAUAAAUACUAUCAUUACGAUAUGGUCCAUCUGUUGUACAAAGAUAGAUGUACUAAGAAAAUUAAUUUGAAUAAAGAUAAUAAAGAAGAUUUGUAAGAUAAAAGUUACCAUCAAUUAUUCAAGGUUAUUCAGUGCAUGAGUUAUCAUAGAAUAGAAUGUCAGUUGAACCUAGAACGAGUCCACCUAAAGAAAAUAAAAAAAGUAUAACAGAAAUAGAAUGUUAAAAUGAUCAUUUAAGUAUUAAAAAAUUAAAUGAUAUAUUGGGUCAUAAGAAGAUACGACCUGAAAAAGUUAGAUAAGAUUUUCCGUCUGUUCCUGAAAUAAAAGAUUUUUCUAAACAAAUGCAAUAAAUUUAUAAAAAGAAUAAUAUUAAUCCAUUGAAAUUGAGAUCCCCUUUGCCUAUGAAAACUUAAAAUAAAAACACUUAGCAUAUUGAUAUUUUAAUUAAUUUACUAAAAAAAAGAAAUUAAUGA